GUUGCCUCUUGGUGCUGCCUUGGCGGUAUUUGGCACCCAGAAUGCUUCAUUCUGUGAUGGUCUAUUAAUAAGAUUGCCUUGUUAGAGUAUGGAGCAGGGGGUCUCAGAUUGGCCAAAAUGGGAAAGAUUGGAUUCCGCUCUCUUCCACGAAGAGCUAAUGGGACUGGCUAAGAUCAAAGGCCGAGGCUUUUGCCAUCUGUAAUCAGUCCCUUUUUGCUUUCUUUUCCGACCACAUGAAACUUGAGAAGCCACCUAAAGCUAUAUCAUUUAGUGGAGUUGGGCAGUUCCCAAGUGUCCAGCAAGAAGGCCUGCUUUAGGCUGCGAUGGCCACUGUCAUUCCUGGUGAUUUGUCAGAAGUGAGAGAUACCCAGAAAGUCCCUGCAGGGAGACGUAAGCGUGGCGAAGCCAAACCAAGAAAAAGCUUCCCUUGCCAACUGUGUGACAAGGCCUUUAACAGUGUUGAGAAAUUAAAGGUUCACUCCUACUCUCACACAGGAGAGAGGCCCUACCAGUGCACACAGCAGGACUGCACCAAGGCCUUUGUUUCUAAGUACAAGUUACAGAGGCACAUGGCUACUCACUCUCCGGAGAAGACCCACAAGUGUAAUUACUGUGAGAAAAUGUUUCACCGGAAAGACCACCUGAAGAAUCACCUGCACACGCACGACCCCAACAAAGAGACGUUCAAGUGUGAGGAGUGCGGCAAGAGCUACAACACUAAGCUCGGGUUCAAGCGGCACUUGGCCUUGCACGCGGCCACCAGCGGCGACCUGACCUGCAAGGUGUGCCUGCAGGCCUUCGAGAGCACGGGCGUGCUGCUGGAGCACCUCAAGUCGCACGCGGGCAAGUCGUCGGGCGGCGUCAAGGAGAAGAAGCACCAGUGCGAACACUGCGAGCGCAGGUUCUACACGCGCAAGGACGUGCGCAGGCACAUGGUGGUGCACACGGGCAGGAAGGACUUCCUCUGCCAGUACUGCGCGCAGAGGUUCGGGCGCAAGGACCACCUGACGCGCCACAUGAAGAAGAGCCACAGCCAGGAGCUCCUGAAGGUCAAGACGGAGCCGGUGGACUUCCUGGACCCGUUCACCUGCAGCGUGUCGGUGCCCGUGAAGGACGAGCUCCUGCCCGUGAUGUCCCUGCCCUCCAGCGAGCUGCUGGCCAAGCCAUUCGCGAACGCGCUGCAGCUGAACCUGUACAACUCGCCCUUCCAGUCGGUGCCGAGCUCGGGGUCGGCACACCAGAUGAUCACAACCCUACCUUUGGGGGUGCCGUGCCCGCUGGACGUGGAGGCCGUGCACCCCUCGCACCACCUCUCCUUCAAGUACCCCUUCAGCUCUACCUCAUAUGCCAUCUCUAUUCCUGAAAAGGAACCGCCGCUGAAGGGGGAGAUCGAGAGCUACCUGAUGGAGCUGCAGGGCGGCAUCCCCUCGUCGUCGCAGGACUCGCAGGCGUCGUCCUCCAAGCUCGGGCUGGAUCCGCAGAGCGGGUCCCUGGACGAAGGUGCGGGCGACCUGUCCCUGUCCAAAAGCUCCGUCGCGCUCAGCGACCCCCUCAGCACGCCAGCGCUGGAUUUCUCUCAGCUGUUCAACUUCAUCCCGCUGAACGGCCCCGCCUACAGCCCGCUGUCGGUGGGCGGCCGCGGCGUGAGCUACUCCCCGGAUGAAGCGCACCCCUCGGGCCCGCAGCUGCCCGCGCAGCCGCAGGAGCCCCCCGAGCCCGCGGGCGCCGCAGGGCUUGGGCCUCUGCACUCGCUGUCCGCAGCCUUCACCGGCAGCCUGAGCACAAGUACCACCCUGCCGCGCUUCCACCAGGCGUUUCAGUAGGGCCCGCCGCGGGUGUGCGGCCGGGUGGCCCGGGCCCUGCCUUAGAGACCGGUUUCUUUUAGUGCCUACUUUAAGACAGUAUGAAAGUUUCUGCUUUUGUAUAAUACCAGUUUUCAUUAAGCCAGUAUAAAAUAGAAACUAGCUUUUGAAAAGAGCUUUGGAACCACCCAUGUUAUGUUUACCGGGGUAUUCUGUCCUGAUUCACUGCCAAUUGUCAUAGUCAGAAGUUUUAUUUCCUAUAGGAAAGCCAUUAUUGUUAAUAAAAUUGUACAAGUCCCGUGUUCAAACUACUUUUAGAUCUUAAAAUUUUCGUUUUUGUCCAGUAACAGUGGCUCUACCUUUUAACAUUUGGCUCCUUAAAAGCUUUUUGCAACACAGUGUAAAUUUUAUAAUGUCUAUCUGAAUAACUCAAGAGUUUUAAAAAUUUUACCAGCCACAAGUGAAUUGAUAAUCAGAUGUUUUAAAUGAAUGAAUCCUGUUUGGAAAGAUAGCAAAUGUUUCCUAGAUAUUCCAUAACCCUAGGUCAGUGUAUUUUGAAGAUUUGCUCUUGUCUUGGAAAAUAGUUCCUAAACUAUGGAAGUGUGAGGGAAACCAAACCAGAACACAAGGCGUGGUGUCUAGCCCAAGGCCACUCCUGCUGCGCCCUGAAGGGCGCCCUGAGGCCCUGGCAUACGGCCUCACUGGGCACUGUCUGUCCACCUAGCGGCACUGACAGCUCAUGUGGCGUGGGCGCUUGGGAGGGUCCAUGGGCAACGCUGCAGCCCUUUCUGCCUUCACAGCCUGGCGGUGGCCCACGGGCACCAGCGUUUUGUUUUGUUUUGUUUUUUGCAUUAUUGGUCCACAGCCCAGAAUCUAGGGUUGUUACAGAACUGUGGACAGCUGUGUGCCAUCUCAGAGUGGACGGGCUCGCCCUCCAGGGUGUGAUGAGCUGACCGGAGUAGAGGUAAAGCACAUGCCCAGCCUCGGAACUCACUCGUGCAGGGAACCGGCCUGCCGCUGCCCAGGCUGCGAACGAGACUCUUGGGACCAGCCGGACAGCGCCACUUCCUGCUGCUCCACUUUUCUGUAGGAGGCAAAAGCAGAAAACGAAAACAGCAUUCUUGCCCCGUGGUAGUUUCCUUAGUGAAUGUCAAUCCAUUUUCCCCCUGCCCUUUUCAGAUGAAGUUAAAACAAUUUGAGGAAUUACCUCAAAGUUUUAAGUAAAAAAUAUAUACAGUAAAACCCCACUUUUACACAUCUCUGGAAGAUGGAAAAAUGUUGCAAAGAGGUCGAAUUUGUCAAGGGGAGCAGAGCAGAGCAAGCUGUUGUCUUUUUUAAGUGAAGACAAUAGACAGUCGGGAAUAGUGUUUCACUGAAUAAAACAGUUACGGGCCUUCUUCACUUCAGGCAACCACCACAGUCUUCUCAAAGAUCCAGUAAUAGUUUUCAAAGGGUCAUUUGGGACAUCAACCUGAGAAACAUAUCUAGUAAGCACGAGUUAACACCUUAUUUGGGGCCCUCGGCCUUUGGGGCGGGGGCGGGGGAGGGGUUAUAGAAGAGUAUAUAUCUCUUUAAAAAAAAAAUUCUAAGCACUCAUUGGCCCUAGCAGGAGCAGCCUCCCCUUCUGUAGGGCCAGCUGCCACUGCAGAUUGCAAUGUUUACCAAGAGUUUCUAAAAAUGAGUGCAGAUUACUGAGUAUAAUACAUUAUUUAAAAUAUUUGGGAGUAGUAUAAUUUGUGGAGAAAUGUAAAUUGUAAUAAUGUAAAUGGGGUUUCACUAUAUAUAUUAUAUAUAUAUAUAUAUAUAUAUAUAUAUACACACACAUAUCGCACUUAAUAGAAUCAAAGUUGCUCUCUGAGGGAGCUCUGGCUCCUGAUAUUUUAUCAUGCUCCUAUUUUUUUAAUCCAAGGAGCAGUAGUUUUUAUACCUAUGUAUUUAAAUUUUAUUAUGAGAAAUUACAUUUUAUUAAAGUGUGUUCCAAAGGCAUUAAAAUUAUAUAUGUUAAUAAGGAGAUGCAUUUUUAAAUCUCUUGAGCUGCUCCUAAGCUUUGGGUUAGGAGAAUCAAUACCUGCUCCAAAAGUAGGCUCGUUGCUCUGCUCCGCUGCCGCUUCUUUUCGUUUCUGUGAAACAGAUUGCUUACGUAAACCUGAGUGAGUGAGUGGUCAGCGUUGCGUAGUGCUCUGAUCGCCACUAAGAAGGAAAGAAAUCUGGAGAGAGAGUGGGGGUGUGGCGAAAGCUGCUCUUAAGCAGCGACCACCGAGGGCCAGUGUGGAAGCGCCGCUUUACCCGUCUGAAACGUGCCUGCCCCGAGACGUUGGCCUUCCUGGGCUGUAUUCCACUGCUAAUAAAACAAAGAGGACUGUCGCGGUUGAUAGCAUACGGUCUUUUGGAGAUGGGGGUGGCCGCGUGCGCCUCUCCGCACAGGCGUGGAGCGCGCCUUCCGGGGCAUCUGCGCCAAAGUCGGGCUUGCGGGGUCUUAGUUCUCCUGCGUGCAGCAUCUGGCCUGUUGCCACCCCCAGACUUGAGGCGCCGCUCUGCACGCGAGUCCAGCUAGCACCUUCAUUGUAUUUUUCAGUGGACUGCGGUGGUCACUAAACCCGGUGUGAUAGCGUUUCUGUUAGAGGUGCGGCAGACCUGUCUAAUUGCAGUGUUCUCACGGGGUGUAACACGGAAUUGGCUCUUUUUUCCCUAGAAAAAUAUUCUUGAUUUGAAUGAAAGGAAGUUUUCAUUCUUUAGUGGCCAGAGUUAUCCUCUUUGAAGUUCUGGUAGUGCCUUAGCUUGGUUUAUAAAAAGGGAUUGACAAUAAGUAGAAAUAUUUUAGUGUAGAAUUUGGACCUCAGACAAGACAUUGACCGUCAUUCAGUUUGGCUUCCUGCCCCGUCCGCAGUCUAGGUCACCAGACGGCGGUGUGGCUGUGGCGAGGCCUCGGCACCGCCGGCAGCAGUGCGCGCUGGCCGGCUGGCCGGCAGCACGGGGCUCUUGGCCACGCAGCACUUUCGUUCUGAAGCCCUGUCACCAAGUUCAGUUUACACUUCAGUCGUUCUGGCUGGUCACACAGCACUCACCUUCGUGCAAGUUUUUCAUUUCGAGUAGAGCGUCUUUCAAGCCGUGUAUUUUUGCCUGUUUGUUGCUUGUGCUUUCUUUUCCUUAGUCAUUAAUGGAAUAUAGUGAUACAUCGUGUUCAAUUGGACAGUAGCGGUUUAUAAAAACCACGUACUGACAGACAUGAGCCGGAGCUGAUUGCUUUAUUAAGCUAAUAAUGAAUGUUACAGAGAACAUAUUUUCAGGAUCAUCCAUCUAGUGAGCAAUACUCAUAUUUUAGGCCAAUAUAUAUAUUUUUAAAAAUAGAGCUUGGUCAACCUCUAUAUUACACAUAUUACAAGAUAUAGCACUUUCAAAAUGAAUCGAAGCCUUUACAGAGACUUUGUUAUAGGUUAUGCCUUUUAUUUUAAGACUUAUUAUAAUGUCUCAAGUGCCAUUAGAUGAUGCAUAUGUAGGCCUUUGAUAUAUAAUGCUUUGUGUACAAGAACGGUAGGUGGUAUUUUAAGCAGGUACAUUUUACAGUGUUUUCUUAUCAAUUUGCUAUAUUGCACAAAAUCAGUGUGUGUCUUUUCAUACAGUUUUACAAUGGUUUAUUUUUUUACAAGGUUUACGUGUCUCAAAGCACACUGUCUUCCCAGUACAUAAGUUAAGAAAUACCAGUUCACCCAAGUUGCUUCUAGCCUACUGAGGUCCGUGUGACACUGGAGGAGACCUCUGCGACAUCGAGCAUUCGGCGUUAGCAGUGGCACAGUGCUCUCUGAGAAACGAGCACCUGAGUGAGUUUGUCUUGUUUUUCUCCCUCUGUCAGCCACGGCUGUGACACAGAUAGUCUGUUUUGAUUACAGAGCUCUGAAUCGUGUUGUGCAUUUUCACACCAAAGGCCCACAGAGCGCUCCUUUAGGGUCAUCUCAAACAGCAUAGCCUAGUUAGUGGCACCUGCUGCUCACCGCUAGGCCUUUCCACAGCACUGUGGCUCGUGCGGGUGGGACAGUUACCGAGCGAGCUGUAGAAAUGACAGAGCUACUGCUAAUGUCUGGAACACUGUCGCAUAAGCUUCGGUGGGACAAACGAACCAGAAGGAAUGUCUGUCUCCUCAGAAUGCUCCUUUAGGGUCACACUGGGUCAGGCUGCUAAUGUAGCAUGGGACGCAACUCUUCAUGGUGCUAUGAACUCCUGUCUCGUUCAGUUGGAUUUUUUAUCCAUAGGAAAAGGACUAUAUUAGGUGUAAAGGUGUACAAUAUAUUUUUAUACUGUGACUUAAUAUGUCAGUAACAAACUUUCACACCACCACAGCAUGUUCGUGUACACUUGCAAAAGGAGAUCUCGGACGUGCAGAAGUUACAGAACAAACCCAGCUUCUGCCCACAAGGUGACUGCAGCUCAGAAUGGAACGUGGGCUUAGUAAAUAGAGUGUGGAGUGAAGAACAUGCUGUAAAUUACUAACAGCCCUUUGAAUUUAACAGAAACUGGGAGUCCAUUAGGAAAUGGAUUGAUCAUGUCUGACCAUAAGCUGGACUGCUGAAAUUGUAUUUUUAGCUAAUGAAAAGGUGUUUGGACUAGUACUCUAAAAAUAUUAUAAUGAUUUAUAAUAGAAAAGAAAAAAAAGACCUGCAUUCCAGACUGAAUUUUGUAUAUUUUUAUUGCAUUUAAAAUUGCUAUUCUGUGAUAUCGGGAAAUCAAGUGGCUUAUCAUGUAUAUCAUGUACUUAAAAAUGUAUCCACAAACUACUGUUGUAUUUGUAUAAAAUAUAGAUAAAGAUCCUA